UGCGUUCCUCGGUCUCCAGCCCGAGGGUGUAGCGGUGACGCGCUCGGAGUAAGCGGGUGCGCGCUUGGUGUGCUCGCCCCCUCUCCCGGCGGUUCGCUCGGUGGAUGGCUGGCUCGGUCCCCCGGGCUGUCAGUGCAGUGUGUCGGUGAAGAGGGGAGGCGAGCGGUGCUGGGCUUCCCAUGCGGCGGAAGGAGAAGCGGGUGCUGCAGGCGGUGGGGCUGGUGCUGGCCGCCCUGCUCUUCCUGCCCAACGUGGGUCUGUGGGCUCUGUACAGGGAGAGGCAACUGGAGAACAGCGGGGGGGGAUCGGGUGCGGGGGUAGCCCCACCGCAAGGGCAAGGCAGGCACCGCAAACAGAAGGAUGACUAUGUCAAUGACAGAGGAUCGGAGAGGAAGGACUGGCAUGACUAUGAGCUAAUUAGACGGGACCACGAUCGAAUAGGAAAUGGAGAGCAGGGAAAAGCUUUCCAAAUGACGGACGCAGAUCGGGUGGACCAGGCCUAUCGAGAAAAUGGAUUCAACAUAUACGUCAGCGAUAAGAUUUCCCUUAACAGAUCACUUCCUGACAUCCGGCACCAGAACUGCAAGAGCAAGCUGUACUCGUCCAAGCUGCCAAACACCAGCGUGAUCAUUCCCUUCCACAACGAGGGCUGGUCAUCCCUCCUUCGUACAGUUCACAGCGUGCUCAACCGCUCUCCCCCUGAGUUGAUCGCAGAGAUUGUGCUCGUCGAUGACUUCAGCGAUAAAGAGCAUCUGAAAAAGCGUCUGGAAAAAUACAUGGUGAAUUUCCCAAAAGUAAGAAUAGUCCGCACCAAGAAGAGAGAAGGUUUAAUUCGAACUCGCAUGCUGGGAGCCUCUCUGGCUAUUGGAGAGGUCAUCACUUUCCUCGACUCACACUGUGAAACCAAUGUAAACUGGCUUCCACCUCUGCUUGACCGUAUAGCUCAGAACCACAAGACGAUUGUAUGUCCCAUGAUUGAUGUCAUCGACCACGACCACUUUGGAUAUGAGACACAAGCGGGAGAUGCCAUGCGGGGGGCCUUUGACUGGGAGAUGUUUUACAAGAGAAUCCCAAUCCCUCCUGAGAUACAAAACCCUGAUCCCAGUGAGCCUUUUGAGUCUCCAGUUAUGGCCGGUGGAUUAUUCGCUGUAGACAGAAAAUGGUUCUGGGAGCUCGGAGGGUACGAUCCCGGGUUGGAGAUCUGGGGAGGAGAGCAGUAUGAGAUAUCAUUCAAGGCUUGGAUGUGUGGAGGCCGUAUGGAAGAUGCUCCCUGCUCUCGUGUUGGACAUAUUUACCGGAAAUAUGUGCCCUACAAGGUACCCGCUGGUGUCAGCCUGGCAAGGAACCUGAAGCGAGUAGCUGAAGUGUGGAUGGAUGAAUAUGCAGAGUACAUCUACCAGCGACGUCCUGACUACAGGCAUCUCUCUCCCGGCGAUGUGGCAUCCCAGAAGGAGCUGCGCAGCAGGUUAAACUGUCAAACCUUCAAGUGGUUCAUGAACAAAGUGGCUUGGGACUUGCCCAAGUUUUACCCUCCUGUGGAACCUCCUGCCGCUGCAUGGGGAGAGAUCCGGAACAAGAAGACAGGUCUCUGUGUGGACAGUAAGCAUUCCUCUAUGGGCUCCGAGUUAAGACUGGACACCUGCACCAAGGGGCGUAAGGCAGAUGCCUGGAACAGUGCACAGGUAUUCACCCUGGGUUGGAGAGAAGACAUUCGCCCUGGAGAUCCACUGCACACUAAGAAAGUAUGCUACGAUGCCAUAUCUCACACCAGUCCCGUCACACUCUUUGAUUGCCAUGGGAUGAGAGGGAACCAGCUGUGGAAAUACAGAAAGGAUAAGACCAUCUUUCACCCCACCAGUAACAGCUGUUUGGACUGCAGUGAAUCAGACCGCAGAAUCUUCAUGAGCAUUUGUAACCCUUCCUCCCAGACACAGCAAUGGACUUUUGAAAACACCAACUCCACAAUCUUAGAAGCCUUCAACAGAGAUCGGAACUUAUAAGGACGGAUGGAAAGGAUAUACAUAUAUAAAUAGGAAUAUAUAUAUAUUUUAAAUCUAUAUUUUUUACUGAUAAGUGGGUGGGAGAUUUGUUUCUU